AUGUCUCAACCUCUCAAACCUUCGACCGCCGAUGAGGGCUUUAUCCUCUCGACACCGGCCCUAGAGAAUCCAGCGACCUCUGACCCGAUCUUUCAACGCAUCUUGCAGUGGCAUUUGCCUGAUGACAUUCUUGCAAAGAUCUCUCCAGACCUUCGCAACUUCGGUGCUGAAGCAAUUUCCGAUGAAAUAAAUAAUUUGAUUGGCAAUGCUGAAAGCCAGCCGCCAUACAUCAAGACACGCAAUGUCUGGGGUGCCAGGUAUGAGGCGGAUCGUUUAAUGACUAGUACUGGCUGGAAAGAGUUGGGCAAAUGGGGCCUCAAAAAUGGCGUGGUUGGCCGGGGAUACGAAGAUGAAUUUGGACCAUACAGACGGGUUGUGCAACAUGCCUUCAACUACAUCUUCUCCGCAUCAUCGGCCGCCUACUCAUGCCCGGUAUCCAUGACCUCCGGGGCCGCUCGCUUGUUCCGGCACCAGUUGCCUUCUGUGCCCGCCGACCACCCGUUUCAUGAGCUCUAUGCAAAAAUAAUUGCUCGCGAGAACAGUUGGGUUUCGGCUCAGUGGAUGACUGAGCGUCCUGGAGGAAGUGACGUCCGAAAUAGCGAAACUGUAGCCGUUUACUCCCCGCUGGCAUCUAAAACAGGUCGAUUCGGAAAUAUGGAGGAGGGAGACUACUUGCUAUCUGGCUUCAAGUUCUUCUGCAGCGCCACGGACUGUAAUAUUGUUCUGCUGUUGGCAAAGACCGAGUCUGGAGAACUGUCGCUCUUUGUGGCACCGACCAAGAAAACGGUCCUUGAUGCCAACGGCAACAAGAAAGAGGCUUCGAAUGGGAUUCGCAUUCACCGACUCAAAAACAAGAUGGGCACCAAGGAACUCCCUACGGCUGAGGUCGAACUAAAGGAUGUGCGCGCACAUCUCGUCGGCCCCAAAGACCGCGGCAUUGCUACAAUUGCUUUGCUGUUGAAUACUACGCGCACUCACAACUUUAUCACAGCAGUUUCAUGCUUGCGCCGAGCUCUGGACAUUGCCAAGGCAUUUGCUCGAGCACGUACGACGAUUGACCAACCUCUGUGGACCUUCCCCAUGCAUUUGAACGUUCUGUCUCAACUAGAGGUUAAGCAUCGAGGCUGGUUGCAGCUGGCCUUCUUUACUUCGUCGCUGCUUGGCUUUGUUGAUAAUGGAUUCCCCACGGGUAUUCCAGCGCACUAUAAGGUGUUAGCGGCAUCUCCAAACACCGCUUCGGUGGCCUUGCGAGUCCUCACCUCAACCUCUAAGGCUGUGGUCUGUAAGUCUGCCACACUGGCGUUCCAGGAGUGCCAGGAAGCAAUGGGCGGCGUUGGCUAUAUGGAUGAGCCGGAAGAGCCUGAGUUCAACGUGAGCCGAUUGUGGCGUGACACUGCGAGUAACAGUGUCUGGGAGGGCACAACCAACGUUCUUGCCAGCGAAACUGUGCGGCAUCUAACGAAUGGCCGCAAUCUUGACAUUUUCGGAUCCUGGAUCACUGAUGCAGUUGCUCAGGUGUCGGAUCCUGCAUUCCGAGCGGCUCUCCAAAAUGUUUGGUCUGCUUUACGGGAGAAGCUGGCCGCUGGGCAAGAUAAGCGUGGUCUUUCCAGUGUACUUGGAAUUGGCCGUCAGAUCAUGUUUACCCUGGCUUGGCUUGUGAGUAGUAUUCUACUUGCGCUAGAUGCGCAACGCGAUAACGACGGAGUUGCUCGCGAGGUCGCUCGGAGAUGGGUACUGGAAGGACAGGGUGUGCCGGGGGAAUUCGCAUUUACAGACCUCAUCUACCAACGCUCGGCCUCGGCGCAGGACAAGGGGCCAACGGAGCGGGAGCGAACGCAGUGGGACUGUCGUAUUGUUUGGGGCGUGGAUCUCCCAUCAACUGCUUCCGCAGGAUUCAGGGCGGCGAAGAUUUGA